AUAGGAGUGGCUAGGGUGGUGUGGAGAAAUACUGGUAAGGCUUUAGCUGGGAGUACCUUUCAUUGGACUUACAAAAGUUAUCAUUCCCCAAUUGCAAGGGAUUUUGCUUUGCUUACAGUUUCAUCUUCAUCCCCCAAUUGAAACCCUAAUCGACUCCAUGGCCGCCGCCCUCCCCCUCUCUGGUCGCGUCGCUAUUGUCACGGGCGCCUCCCGCGGCAUCGGCCGCGCCAUCGCCACACACCUUGCCUCCCUCGGCGCUUCCCUCGUCCUCGGCUAUUCCUCCAACUCCGUCGCUGCUGACCAACUCGCUUCCCAGCUUAACUCCUCCUCAGACCAACCCCCCCGCACCGUUUCCGUCCGCGCGGACGUCUCCGACUCCGACGCAGUCAAAUCCCUCUUCGACGCCGCGGAGUCCGCCUUCGGCGGCCGCGCCCACAUCUUCAUCGCGUGCGCCGGCGUCCUCGACGACAAGUACCCGACCCUGGCCGCCACCACGGACGAGGACUGGGACCGCACCUUCGCCGUCAACACCCGAGGGGCUUUCCUCUGCUGCCGGGAGGCCGCGAAUCGGCUGGUCCGCGGCGGCGGGGGUCGGAUCGUGUGCAUCACGUCCUCGACAGUGGCAUCGCUACGUCCAGGAUACGGGGCGUACGUGGCGUCGAAGGCGGCGGUGGAGGCGAUGGUGAAGGUGCUGGCCAAAGAGCUGAAGGGGACGGGGAUCACGGCCAACUGCGUGGCGCCGGGGCCGGUGGCGACGGAGAUGUUCUUCGCGGGGAAGAGCGAGGAGUUGGUGAAGAGGAUAGUGGAGGAGUGUCCGCUGGGACGUCUGGGGGAGGUGGAGGGCAUCGCGCCGGUGGUGGGGUUCCUGUGCACCGACAGCGGCGAGUGGGUGAACGGGCAGGUGGUCCGAGCCAACGGAGGAUACAUAUAAUUCGAUCCAAUCUCCUUUUUUCUCCAAGAACUCGUCAUGUUUAACGAUCACGAAUAAAAUGGAAGCACCAUGGUUGUCUUUGACUAGAAGUCUUCGUGUUCAUUGACUAUUUGCAAGAGUGUUACUUUCGCCUAAUGGGGCAUCCUCAUGGUAAAUUUAAAAGUAAAUUUAUUUUUA